AGCCUAGAGGGCUGGGUAGACAUCAUGUACUAUAUACAGGAUUGCCAUUCCGUUUGGAACUGGGUCUAUUUUGUUAUUCUCAUUGUUAUUGGAUCAUUUUUCAUGAUCAACCUUUGCUUAGUGGUCAUAGCCACACAGUUCUCUGAAACCAAACAAAGAGAAAGCAGGCUCAUGGAGGAGCAGAGGCGGAAGUACCUCUCCACGAGUACGUUAUCCAGUCAGCCCAACCCAGACAAUCCGAGAGGCUGCUACGAAGAGGUGUUCAAGUUGUGCGUGCACAUGUGCAAACGGUUGAGGCGGAGAGUAUUGAGAUUGUACCACAGAUUCCAGGGGAGACACCAGAGGAAAGUGGACCCCGCUCUGACCCUACAGAGGAAGAGGAGGCGGAGAAAAAAGUCUGUGUGUGUUCACCACCACCAUCAUCAUCAUCACCACCAUUACCAUUUUGGAGGUGCCAACCCCCUGCCUCCCAUAGAGAGUAGUCCGCCAAAGUACCAGGUGACGUUGUCUCAGAGCCCCUGCCCGAGCCCCCUCGCCCCUAUCGCAACUCCAGAACCUAGCGAUGUGGAAUCCUUGCAGUCCCCGAGCAAGUCUAACUUGCUUCGAGUGCCUUCAACAAACGGCGUGCAUCGUUCACGAGAGUCCCUACAGUCUUCGCAUAGUGAUGCCGCAACCAACGGUGAGCCUGACACUACAUUAAGAAAGUCUUCCCUCCUCCCUCCCCUUAAAGAUGUUAACGUGCCCUCACCAAAACAUCUUAGCGUCCCCCUGCCAACCAUUGCCACCCCCGGGGUGAAGGUGCUUCCCCCCCUGAAGUCCAGACCCGCUGUGGAGGAACUGCAGACCCUGGCUGUCGCAUCCACUAAAAAUAUCGCUCGAGCCGUCACCCAAUCAUGCCACUCCAGUCCCGGGCCUUCCACCAAACCAGUAACGUCGGAUCCCAACAUAUUCCAAGAUGACAAUGAUCAGUCCCUACAUGUCCAAAGACUUUCCGUCCCAUCUGUGAUUCCCUCCUCUCUACAAGUUCCAGCGGUGGUGUCCAAAGACCAUGUAGAAUGCACCUGUACACACACACAGUAUGACUGGGCCUCUAACUCUGAGUCUGAGGUGUCUGUCAGUGAUGAAGAAGUGGACUCCAAGAAGUACAGAGAGGAGAGUGUAGACCUGCCACCAAGACCCCCAGGCUGCUGGGAGAGGUUUACCAAAUUUAUGAGAACUAUUGUGGACAGUAAGUACUUCAACCGAGGUAUCAUGGUGGCCAUCCUAGUCAACACCCUGAGCAUGGGGAUUGAGUUCCACAAUCAGCCUGAGGAACUGACCAAUGCCCUGGAGAUCAGUAACCUGGUCUUCACCUCCCUGUUUGCCCUGGAGAUGCUCCUGAAGCUGCUGGCCUACGGACCGCUUGAGUACAUCAGGAACGGCUUCAACGUGUUUGAUGGCAUCAUUGUUAUAGUCAGUAUUGUGGAGAUUGCAGAAGACGGUGAAGGUGGCUUGUCUGUGCUGCGAACCUUCCGGCUAAUGAGAAUACUGAAGUUGAUCAGGUUCCUACCUGCCUUGAGACGCCAGCUCCUGGUCAUGAUUAAGACGAUGGACAAUGUGGCAACCUUCUUUGCCCUCCUUAUCCUGUUCAUCUUCAUCUUCAGUAUUCUGGGCAUGCACUUAUUUGGGAACAAGUUCUGUGAACCCGAUCCAGUACACAACAAGAAAGUGACAUGUGAUCGGAAGAACUUUGAUACCCUUCUGUGGGCCCUUGUUACCGUGUUCCAGAUCCUGACACAGGAAGACUGGAACCUUGUUCUCUACAAUGGCAUGAAGAACACAUCUCCAUGGGCGGCUCUGUAUUUCAUCGCCCUCAUGACCUUCGGAAACUACGUUCUGUUCAACCUACUGGUGGCCAUCUUGGUAGAGGGUUUCUCAGCCGAGGAGGAAAGAAAGAGUGAAAUGGACGACUCAAACAGUCAACUUGCAGGGCCCAGCAACUACAAGAUGGUGCUUGUGGGAGCUGCAAGGAAAGAUGUUGAUGGUGAUGACACCAGUCCCAGUGUGUUGAACAAUGAGCGGACACUGGUGGUGGCCGGUCCUGAGCCGCCCAUCAUCACCAGGACUGAGGCCACCCCGCAGGGCUCACCCAACACUGACGGGCCCAGCAACGGGAAGUCUGUCAGCUAUCCAGCCAGUGUCUCUUCACAGGAUGAGGAAUGCACACCUGGGAAUCCUUCUGCCCUGACUGUUCCUGAACAGGACUCGCCGGGACUGUCCCGCUCCGGAAGCCGCAGCAGUCACUUCAGCUGGCGCAGGAGCAAGGGCGGAGAACGGGAGAGCAUCCUUUUCGCCGACGACGAGGACAACCUCAACGACGAAGUCUUCACCAACACCACGCACACGUAUGAAGAGGACGGGACCGUACGCGCGUCCUUCAAUCCCACGGACGUCGCGUCCCAGUCGGGAAGCUUGCGAUCGCGCAACGUAGCCCAGAGGACUAGAGAGAGUACGACAUCUCAGGGAAGUGAUUGUAGUCACCUGUCAGUUAACUCCAAGCCUGGCAAUAACGGCAACAACGGAAACAGUCCACGGGUGAGCGUGUCCAGCGAGUGUAACGGGGGCCCAAGGUUGUCGGUGAUCGAGAAGCCGGUCCUGACUGUGGAGGUGGAGAAGGAGAAGGAUACAGAAGUGAACGGGCCACCAGACGUGGUGGUCCUGAAAGAUCCAACAGAAAAGAAGGAGGCAUGUCCAGAACAGAACAUAUACUGGAAAUGCUGCCCUGCCCCUAAAGGCUGCUUCAAGACCAGAGCGUACUACUCCCUCUUCCUGUUUGCACCUGAGAACAGGUUACGACAGUUGUGCCAGUACCUGGUCAACAAGAAGUGGUUCGACCACGUCAUCUUGAUCUUUAUCUUCAUGAACUGCAUCACCCUGGCCAUGGAGAGACCCAAGAUUGACCCAGACAGUUCUGAGAGAAUGUUCCUGACAAUCGCCAACCACGUCUUCACUGUCAUAUUCACCUUGGAGAUGUCUGUUAAGGUCCUUGCGUUAGGAUUUGUGUUUGGUGAAGGUGCGUACCUGAAGAGUGGCUGGAACGUCAUUGAUGGCUUCCUGGUGACCAUCUCACUGGCAGACACAGUCAUCAUGGUAUCGUCCAAUAGCAGUCCAAAAAUCUUCGGCAUCCUAAGAGUCUUCCGCUUGCUUCGGACUCUCAGACCCCUCAGAGUGAUCAGCCGAGCCCCAGGCCUGAAGCUGGUUGUCCAGACCCUACUGUCCUCCCUGAAGCCCAUUGGGAACAUUGUUCUCAUCUGCUGUACAUUCUUUGUCAUCUUUGGGAUACUUGGUGUACAGCUGUUCAAGGGGAAGUUCUUCCACUGUGAAGGCCCUGACCUGUACGGGGUGAAAAACAAGACAGACUGCCUGAAGGACACCAAGAGGAAAUGGGUCAAUCAGAAGUAUAACUUUGACAACCUCGGACAGGCACUGAUGGCCCUGUUUGUGCUGGCAUCUAAAGACGGCUGGGUGGACAUCAUGUACAACGGCCUGGAUGCAGUGGAUAUAGAUGUACAGCCUAUUGAGAACUACAAUGAGUGGAUGAUCAUCUUUUUCAUCUCCUUCCUCUUGCUGGUUGGCUUCUUCGUGUUGAACAUGUUUGUGGGCGUGGUGGUGGAGAACUUCCACAAGUGUCGGGAGGACGCAGAGCGGGAGGAACGCCUGGCACAGGAGGAGAGGAGGAGGAAGAAGAUGGAGAGGAGGAUGCGCAGAGAGGCUGACUCGGACGAUGAGCUUUUCUACAUGAGAUACUCCAGACCGCGGAGGCUCGUGUACGACAUGAUCACAAAUAAGUACUUUGACUUGUGCAUCGCCGCCAUCAUUGGGGUCAAUGUCAUCUCCAUGGCGAUAGAACACCAUGACAUGAAAGAGGAGCUGUUCAGAGUACUGCAGUACAUAAACUAUGUCUUCACUGCCAUCUUCAUCCUGGAAGCAGCACUCAAGAUCACAGGGCUGGGUUUUGUCAGAUACAUCAAAGAGAGAUGGAACCAGCUGGACAUGUUGAUUGUGAUCCUGUCCAUUGUGGGGAUUGUGCUGGAGGAGAUGGAUGCCACCUUCCUCCCCAUCAACCCUACUAUCAUCCGCAUCAUGAGAGUACUCAGGAUAGCCCGAGUCCUAAAACUGUUGAAGAUGGCCAAAGGGAUCAGGUCUCUCCUGGAAACAGUAAUGAAGGCAUUGCCUCAGGUUGGGAAUCUGGGGCUGCUGUUCUUCCUGUUGUUCUUCAUCUUUGCUGCUCUUGGAGUCGAGCUUUUUGGCAAGAUUGACUGUACUUCUAAUGUGGAACGGCCAUGCUCUGGGCUGGGCCUCCAUGCAAACUUUAAAAACUUCAGCAUGGCUCUGCUCACACUGUUUAGGAUAGCAACAGGGGACAACUGGAAUGGGAUCAUGAAGGACACCCUGCGAGGUCCCCCCGAUUGCGACGAUUCCGAAGACUGCAAGGCCAACUGCUGCGUGAGCGCCAUCCUCGCGCCCAUCUACUUCGUGUCGUUCGUGCUGAUGGCGCAGUUCGUGCUGGUGAACGUGGUGGUGGCCGUGCUGAUGAAGAACAUGGAGGACAGCAACCGCAGCAUGGCGGACGACGAGGAGCAGGACGAGGAGCCGUCCGAGGGGAAGGAGUUCCGAGGUCUGGAGGACGAGCAGGGAGCUAACAAUGGACAGGGUAAUGGAGAUGGGAAGAAGCGUGUGACCAGGUUCCACUCCCUGCCUGACAGCUUCACCUUCCCUGUCCAGUCACCUGAGAACAGUGGAGGCAGCAGUGACAAUAAAGACCUCCUGUAUACCAUAUCUCCCAGCAAGGUGAGCCUGAUUUUCCACGAGGAGGAUGAAAAAGACAACCAGUACACUGGAGACAUCGAGAUGAGGACGUUUUCCUCGGCCCACAACAACGAGGACCGCCUACAAGAAACCAUCCUUGGCGUCAAGUUCAAGAACAAGAAGAGGACAUGUAAAGACGCCAAGGACAAGGCCGAGACAGAACCUAUGUUGGCCAACGACACAAUGAGCAACACAAGCUCUCAAGAUGCCUACAGUGACCAAGUUCCGCCGUCUUACGACGAAAUCCAAGUCAGCACUCCCAGCGUGGAAGAGAUUCGCAUUUCAGACUACGGAGAGAAAGAUCUCCCGUCGUUAAGUUGGACCAGUAGUAUCGAGGAUAACCGCUUGGAUGAGGAGGUUGCACACUUGACGGAUGCAAGCUUCGGUGACAAAUUCAGAAGGGCUAGCACACCAGUUAAUAUGCACGCCAGCGACCAAACCACUGGGUUCCGUUGCGUGAUGGGCAGUAGUGUGGACAUACGAGGUGACCAGAUCCCCAUGCUCCAAAGGCAGGGCACACAGGGCUCCAUCAGUGCACAGGACUUAUCCAGGUCAGACAGCGCAAGCGUGUCGGCAGGUCGCAGUACAAACACUCUUCUCGGCAGCAGCCAGCACGUCCCCACGUGCUCGUCGCGCGAUACCUUACAGAGCGACACGACUUUGCAAACAAGGAACAACUCCACAGACCUUCUGUCCAGCCCACACAGACUCAGUGUCCCGUCCCUACAUGCACAAGGAUCUACGUUGUUGUCUAGAUGUCAUAAACUUAGCAACAGUGUGGGCGUGAUUUCUGAAGUGCCUGAUUCUAGGGAAAGAUCAAGGCGUAGCGUCUGCUCGCUGGACCCGAGACUGUUCCAGGCAUUGAACGAAGAAGCGAGAUCGAGGGAUAGCAGCGUGCAAGACAAAUCCACACCGAACGGCCAAAAAACGACCGAAAGUAGAGAAAGCAUGCAGUUGCAGGCACAUAGUCCAGAUGUCAAACAGUGCAAGCAAAGCAACACCCAGAACUUGUUAGGUUCCCAGGAGCACAUGCAAAAUUCUCCUGAUUCAAGGCAUAUAUCCAAACAAGACAAUGUAUAGUAUUUCAUGUGACACCAAAUUGUACCUAAAUAUCAUACAGAUCAAGCUAUGAACCUGUGUAUAAUUGUUUUGUAAGUAGUGCAAUUGUAAGAUACUACAGAUUGUAAAAAUUGUCCCUACUGUAUAUGUAGAAGAGUAUGACAUUUUAAAACAUAUAUUUAAAGAGUAUAUUUUAGAGUGGAUGUAUCAUUUUUAACUAACAUUUGUAAUUUAUGCCUCUUUUAUCUCUAAUAUAUGCUGUUUAGUGAGAUUGAGGACCUUAUGCUUGGUUUCUCUCUUGACAUGACAGAUGAAUUUCUGAGUUAGGUUUGGAUUAGAUAAUGAAGAAAUAUAUCAUGAUCUAACAAGAAAAAGAAUUAAAGAUAACACAACACAGCCCAACAAUAAGGUGAAAAAUACAAUUACAUCUUACCCCAACUUCACACAAUUUAUAUCUUAUUGAACUUCAUACAAUUAUAUCUUUCAAAGUCACCUAUCGCAGUUUUUAAAUUAUUUUGAGGGUCCAAAAACAUAGAUCUACUGGUCAUUCCAAAUAAAAAGAACACAACUUGAGAAAACGAUUAAAAGAACAUACCGUUACAAAGAAUCUGUAAUUGAAAAAGAUGAAUUGAAUUGGUACUUACAAUAAUAAUUUGUAUAUGCUAAUCCAUUGUGGAUGGAACAGUACUUCCUUUCCAUAAUAAACUUUUUUCAAACGGGUUUUUCAUACAAUUUGUCCUGUUGCAUGUAGUGCCAAAGAAAUAAUGAAAGAAAGACAUGAGGCACAGAAGAAAAAAAAGAGGAAAGGCCAUGCAGAAAAACAGUAUUGAAUUUAAAAAAUUUGUGUGCACAAAGCCAGAAUUUGUCCAGGACAAGGAGGAACAAGUUUUUUUUUGAGUGUACAAAAUCAAUAUAUCUUGAUUAUCUAAGUUAAACCUUUUUAUUAUAAUUAAUAGGAAGGUAGUCAGAAAAAUUAAUGUUCAGUAAAGACUACAUGUAAGUACUAGUAAUGGGACAGGAACAGAAGCCUGUAUAAUCAAGAAUUUACACAUGAAAUUUUAAUAUGAAUUGAUGUUGGCAUGUGUCUCAUUGCCUUGUGUAUAUAAUCAUGACACGUUUUAGUGUGUUGGUUGGUUCCUUGCCAUGAUGUUGUUCAAGUAUUAUUGGUACUUUUAUGUCAAUAUUAGUACCUCAUCAAUGGAAAUGUUUAAAGAAGCCAUUACUUAUUAAGUCCUUGAUGUGAUUUUUGUUCAGGAAAACUUUUUCGAGGUUGAAGCUUGGAGGCUAUUCUUAGAUCUUUUUAGUAUUACAUGUUUCACAUAUUGAAAUGGGAAUAUGAUUAUGAAUUGUGAGAUAAUAAAAGAUUGGUCACACUUGUCCCAAAGGUAUUACCAACAUACUAGUAUUAAUUGGUGAUAAGUUGAUGUCUGUUAAUCUCCAAGCAGAUCCUAG